AUGGAGGUUGAUCCCCAGGAUGGCGGCAAUGGAGAAUGCAGACUGCUUGGAUCAUUUUCACUCAUCGUACAAGCCGCGCUCGGAGCGCUAGCAUUACUAUCUCUGGUAUACAAGCGAUGGAGGGAACGGCCGCAACGACCGGUCAAGGUGUGGGCAUUCGACGUUUCUAAGCAGGUCUUUGGAUCUGCGAUGCUACAUCUUGCGAAUCUCUUGAUGUCUAUGUUUUCUGCGGGUCAGUUUGACAUCACGAGCACAUAUAAACCGAAUCCGUGUUCGUUCUAUCUAUUGAAUAUCGGAAUUGAUACUACCCUUGGAAUCCCUAUACUCAUCUUCAUUCUUCGAAUUCUGAAUGCUUUAGCGUCAUAUACUCCCCUUGCAAACCCUCCCGAGUCCAUCGAAUCUGGAAAUUAUGGGCACCCACCGCGUGCGACAUGGUGGUUCAAGCAGUCCAUAAUCUACUUCAUAGGCUUGCUGGGCAUGAAGAUAUGCGUCUUCUUCCUCAUCCACUUCAUACCGUUUAUCGUCAAAGUGGGUGACUGGGCGCUUCGAUGGACAGAAGGGAACACGGCUGCUCAGGUUAUCUUUGUCAUGCUGUUGUUCCCUUUGAUCAUGAACGCGAUCCAGUACUACAUUAUCGACACCUUUAUCAAGAAACCUAUGACACCAGUCGACGAAAUGCUUGCCGAGGAUGACGACCGCGAGGGUACAUUGGUCAAUGACGAGAACGACCAGCGCAAUGCCUUGCUGGCAGGUCUGGAGGAUGACGGACUUCUGGAUGUGGAAGAAGGCCAUGCAAAGAAUGGGAAACCACUGGACUCGCAUGCUAAGGAAGCUCUGCAUGGCUUCAGUUCUAUCCGCGCUAUGUAUGAUCACACGGUCGGCAGGAUGCAUAGUUCUUCAUCAUCGUCCGGAUCGAGCAGCAGUGGCCAUAGUUGA